GUCGAAUUCAAACAACUCACAAUGGCCGUACCAUCAUCUUCCAAAACAUCAAAGUAUGCUACUGAGAUAUCACAAAUGUUGUUUGUCUUUGGGGAGGUCAAAGACCCCGAUGAAGAAACAGUGAGAUACAUCGAGGAUGUCGUACGAUGUCAAGUAGCUGAACUUGUCAUUCAAGCUAGAGCUUUAGCUCAACGACGAGGUUUACGAGUUCCGACUACAGAAGAUCUAAUCUUUCUUAUUCGACACGAUCGAGCAAAAGUAAAUCGAUUGAGAAAUUAUCUUGGAUGGAAAGAUGUUAGAAAGAAAGCAAAAGAAGAUGGAACAGAUGAAAAAGAUAUUGAAUCCUUCGAAGCUGAAUCAAAUGGCCAAACAAAUCGAAUGAAAUCUCAAAAGUUGAAAUUAAAGAUACCAUGGGAACUCAGUACGAUUUAUACUGAUAUGUUGGUUGUAAAUGAAGAAAACGAAGAUGAAGAAGAAGAUCAGGAUGAUAAGGAAGCCUAUGAGGCUUCUGAAAAACGUUUACGAGAAGCCGAUGAAAUCACUCGACAUAUGACCAGGGAGGAAUAUCAGCACUAUUCCGAUUGUCGACAAGCUUCUUUUACGUAUCGCAAAGCUAAACGUUUCCGAGAGUUUGUCGGUCUAUCAAAUUACAUUGAAGGUAAUCCGAAAGAUGAAGUAGUAGAUGUUCUAGGAUUUCUCUCGUACGAAAUGGUCAGAUCCCUCUGUGAAAGAGGAUUAGCAGUAAAACGUGAUUACGAACUAGCAAGGAUGGCAAGAGGUCAAGACUCAAAACCAAAACCAGAAAUACACACAAGUCCAUCAAAGAAAAAAAGAAGAGCGAACGGCACAGAUGGACAUGAUGAUGAUUAUGAUGGAUCAGAAGCCUACAAAAGACCUAAACCAAGUGGACCAUUCUCAGGUCCUAGUACACCUCAACCUAAUUUACCUUCAUUUCUUACACCAAGUAGAGCUAGUUUCUUAGAAGAUCCAUUUGGAAUCACAGAUGAAUCUACUGGAAAAGUCGCUGAGAAAGAAAUUGAAGGAGGAAAAGUAUCUGUACCCGAACCAACUCGUUCGCCUCUAAGAAUUGCUGAUGUAGAAGAUGCUUAUUCUAUGAUGCAGAUGGGUAGAGUUAAAACAAAGACCAGUGCAUUGAGAAAUUUCACGGGUGGAUUUGUAAGAAAUAAAGUUAGCUUGAUCUGAGUCAAAAAUGCACAUUGGUUUCUUUCAGUCUCAAAUCCGUACCUCAACAUUCUAUCUAUGUUUCUCCACGUCUCUAAGUGUAUUGUACUUUUGCUCUCUGCAUCUUGAUUUCCUCCAUGUACUCUGUUUUGUUUGAAUUUAUCAGUCAUAUGUUUUGUAAUAAGUUUCUUCUUGAAAAUCAUUAUAAACAUUGUUCCAU